CACCCCGAAACGUCGGUGCCGCGCUAACCAGCGCCGGUUUAUUUAAAAGCCGGCCGCGCACCGAGACCGAACGCUGCUUCGUCUCGGUCACGGCGUGGCGCGCGGUGGACAGAGACCGGGAGCCGGCCGGGCAGUCGGUCGGUCGUGGUGUGGGGUGGGGGUGGUGGUGGUGGUGGUGUCUGGUCCGGGCCCCACCGGUCACUUAACCCGAGCUACCGGCCACCAGGUGAGACCUCCCAUCCACACCGGGGGGCUACGGACUCCUCCGCACGCCGGCCCGGCUUGGCUGCGUGCGUCGGGCAGAGCUGCCGGCAUCGUUGCGAGCUGUGGGCAGCUGCGGGGUGACGAGGAGGGGAGGACCCAGGGAGGAGCAGGAGGAAGAGGAGAACAAGGCGGAGGAGGAGGAGGCAGAGGAGGAAGCGAUGGGCAUGAGGGCGACCGGCGGCGGUUGUGGCCGGGCGGUGGGUGCGGCCCGCCCCCCCGACGGCGGUUGGGGCUGGGCGGUGGCGGCCGCCUUCUUCGUGGUGGAGGCGCUGUCGUACGGCACCAUCAAGGCGUUCGCCGUCUUCUUCAACGACCUGCUCGCCGAGUUCAACGCGACGCCGAGCGCCGUUUCCUGGGUCAUGUCCAUCUGCGUCUUCACCAUGACCUUCACCGGCCCCGUGUCGACGGUGCUGAGCAACCGCUUCGGCAGCCGCCCCGUGGUGAUGCUGGGCGGGCUGCUGUCGUGCGCGGGCUUCGUGGGCGCCUCGUUUGCCCGCUCCAUCACGGACAUGUACAUCUCCAUCGGCCUCGUGAGCGGGCUGGGCUUCUGCCUCAGCUUCGUGCCGACCGUCACCGCCCUGUCGCUCUACUUUGAGCGCCGGCGCGCCCUCGUCAUGGCCGUCGCCUCCACGGGCGAGUGCUUCGCCAUGUUCGCCUUCGCGCCAGGCUUCCACCUGCUCAAGGAGAGCAUGGGCUGGCGCAACGCCAUCCUCGUCAUCGGCGCCAUGCAGCUCAACAUCACCGUGUGCGGCGCCCUGCUGCGCCCGCUCCCCGAGCGCUCCCAGCCGGAGCGGCGGCGGGAGGCGGCCGAUGGCGGCGGCGUCGACGGAACCGACCUCUCGGCCGACGAUGGCGAGAAGUCGUCGCUGGAGGCUCGCUACAAACUCGAGAACGAGCAGACCGUCAGGUCGGUCGACUCGGGCGACUCGGGCGACUCCGGCAUCAAUGUCGGUGGCGCCGUCCCGCCGACGGCGCGGGGGGAAAGUGACGAUGGCCGGCCCGAGUCGCGGCAGAGCCGGAGCGGUUCGGAACUGGCGAAGCCUCCGGGCGGCACGGGCGAGCGAGCGAAGCUGCUGGACUUUGCGCUGCUGCGCGAGCCGCAGUUCGUGUGCUACGCGCUCUUCGGGCUCUUCGCGACGCUCGGCUUCUUCGCGCCGCAGAUGUUCCUCGUGCCGCUGUGCGUCAGCCUGGGCCUGGCCGAGCAGCAGGCCGCCUACCUGCUCUCCACCAUGGCCGUGGCGGAGGUCGGGGGCCGCGUAACGGCCGGCGCGCUGUUCGGCCGCCGCCCCCUGCCGGCGCUGCACCUGGAGCUGUGCUGCGUGUGCGGCCUGGCGCUGGUGCUGCUGGGCUUCCCACUGGUGAGCGACUUCUGGGGGCUGGCGGCGUGCAGCGCGCUGUUCGGCCUGGCGUUCGGCAUGGUGGCGAGCACGCACAUCCCGCUCCUGGCCGAGGACGACGUCGUCGGGGUCGCCCGCAUGUCCUCCGGCGUGGGGAUUUACUUCUUCACGCAGAGCUUCGCCGGGCUCACGGGCCCGCCCAUCGCCGGCUGGCUGGUGGAGGCCACGCAGCGCAACUACGCGAUGGCCUUCUACACCUCGGCGGGCGGCGUGGCGCUGGGUGCCGCUUUCCUGGCGCUGGUGCGGCCCUGCCGCUGGAGGAGGAGAAGGGGCCAGGCGCGGGCCGGCCCUGGCGAGGAGGAGCCUGGCACGUCCCCGGUCGUCGACAUCCCGCUCUCCCGCAAGGCCUCCGAAGACGACGAUGACGACGCGUUCUGGGAGAUGGACUUGCCGGAGAGCGGCGCUCGUUCCGGCGCCGUGUGAGACGCGGUGGUCGCCGUCUCUCCGUCCCUGGUUUUUGUUCCGAUAAUUUGAAAUUCGCUCUUGUUCUCACGUCGCCGCAUGCCUGACGGACUCCGAUAAAUCACGAGUGCCGGUCUGCCUCGUUAUCGACGUCGUCGUGGUCAUCGUAGUCCGUCCCGACGGCGGUGCCUGCCUCGCGCCGCUACCAAACCACUCGGAAUUCGCACUCGCUUGAAAACCGAGAAUCCCCCGCGUCACUUGGGCCGUCGCGGCGCGCUGCUCUGGACAUCAUCGCGUGGUCCGGCCUCGAGGCGCCGGCAUCCGCAAGCGUGUCUGGGCGUCGGCCAGGCCCCUGCGCCCUCCUGUGGCUGGGGGCGGCCUUCGUAACCCGCAUUCUAGCGGAGGUCGCUGCUGUGCCAGACGUCGGCGCCGGCGGCCGGAGUGAGUUUCCCAGAAACUCGUGGAUCCGAAGUCAAGUGGCCCCCCUGGUCCCACAACCGCUCUUACUUUCCCGUGGGCUCCCCAAUCAUUUAAAUCCAUUUAAUAGUUUGGGUCACGUGAUUGUUUAUGGUCAUCUGAUCCCAGCUGUUCGUUGGGAGCGACUGCUCCUGAUUUCACGGUUCCUUUGAUAUAUCGCAGUAGUUUCAUGAGUAAUCAGAUCCGAUGGGUCCUUCGGCUCAUUUUAGAUCCUCAUCGCGAUGGAGGGUCAUCUUAUCCCAUUGUGUCUCUUGAUCCCAUGGCUUCCCUGAUACUACCCCAGACAGUCUGAUGAUAUGGGUCUUCCCAUCGUCGUUAUGCUCAUCUGCUCUGUAGGUGGGCCCCUGAUCUCAAUGGGUCCCUGCGAUCCCACAGUACACGGGGUCGCGGGUAUCCGGGUUCGUCCGUACGUGGGCGUUGCCCGUAUGCGGGGGUCGCGGGUAUGGGAGGUCGUGGGGUCGCCCGUACUUGGUCGCACGGUGGAAUGUAUCGUUUGGUAUCACUUGAAAUCUGCACUAAGACUGUGAGCGCCGUGGCAUUGGCGUGCAGGCUCCGGCGGCAUCGCCCCCGCGGAGUUCGCUUAAACCGAUCAAACCCCCGUUACCGUGGAGAUGGAGCCGUGUGGCCGAUGGAGUUUUUUUUGUUCUCUCUCUCUCCAAACAAAGCGUUUGUCUCGUUUCUUUUUGAAGGUGGCGAGAGUGCGAGCGCCGCCUUGAGUGUGUCGUUUUUUUUCUUUCUGUUUGGUUCUGCGAGAUAUGACGACGUGCGUGUACACCUAGCCUGCCACGAGCACUGGUGAUGUCGCCGAUACUUGGCAGCUAUUGGCACCUGCUGCUGUUGUGGGGAGGGUGAGGGGCGGGGGGGUGUGAAGUAAAUUUGCAUAGAGCAAACGUCGUGGCAUUAAAUCCCCCCCCCCCCUCCACCACAUAUCCCCGAAACAUAAAUUAGCAUUUUCAUCGCACUUCUAAUUACCGGGGCGAUGGGAUUCGCCCAUUUUUUUUGGUUUGUUCGGAGCAACUUUAUACAACGUUUCAGUUGAGUGCACUGUUGUUACCACACGCGGUCGGAAACGACGUGUCAUCAUUUACAUCGUCACGGCCGCGCGGGUUUGCUAGCUCGUUCGCUCUCUCUCGCAUGCAGUGUCCGUCCGUUAUAGCGCUCCUCUCUGAAAGUCCUGGACAUCGCAUGUCUUGAACAGGCGGAGUUCGCCUCCGUUUAAGGUACUUGUGUUGUAUUUUGUUGAGUUUUUUUGGGCUCGGAGCUGCGAGCGUCUCUUAAUAAUGUAGCAUGGAGCAACUAAUUAUCGCAGCGAGUGUCGGACUUAACGUCUUUGUGCAAUCUCUCCGCGGCGUUUCCCCACCGCGCCGCUGCUGCUGCUGCUGCGGCCGCGUGCUGGAAUGGUUUUGCCUGUAGCUGUCACGCGCCUCUGCCGCCGCUGUCUCCGUUACGUUUACACAGCGCUGCCUGACCUCAUUCAACCGACCAGUUGUGACCCACUCGGCCUUCGGCCACGCUGCGCCUGUACCACAGCUCAACGCGCACAACGCCGAGAUCCGGAUGAUCCGGCUCGGGGGCCCAGGGCUUCCACUGCAGCCGAUUUUGUGUCUGGGUCGGCAAAUAUUUUCCGCACAAGGCACACUGCAUCCUGCAUACUUCCUCUCUGACUACUCGUCACGUGCCCACCUACACCCGCGACCCGGACAAUACCGAGAGAGGGAGAAGUUGAGCCCUGGAGCACUGGACGUCAUCUACCUCCUCACUGCAGGAGCCUCUCCGGAAGGGGAAUUAUUUGUGCCCAUUUGUCUCUUAAUGUAAUGGGCGAGUGACUGUGCGUUUUGCUGUUUUCGUUUAACGCGCAUUCGGAAGGUGUAACGAAGAGCGUCAAUUAGAUAUUUUUGUUUAAAUCCCUGCAUUCAAACUCGCGUCUGACCCCCCCCUGACCUAACAGAUUUUCCAGGACGGCCACAACAAGGCAGAUUCUAGGACACCCAGGAUCGGUGGCAACUCCCAUAAUCGCAUCACGCGUUUCAGGAAUGCUCUCUUUUUGAACAGAAUUUAUUUUUUUUGUAGCCACCAGAUUUCUGGCAAGCAACGGUAAUCGAUUCGCUGAUUUGAAAUCGAUUCGUGUGCUCUUGACGCCAUCAAUUCCUGUGUGUUAGAACCUGUUUUUAAGAUUUAUAAAAAAAAAUUAACGAUUUUGUUUUUUUACCGCUACGUAUUCCGGCAAUUCGCAACGAAAUCGAGUCGCAAAAUUCACUACGCCGGAAUUUCCGCUUGUACUACAAGGCGGGGGGGGGGGGGGGGGGGAGAGAAUCUCAAGCGGUUGAAUCGAAACUGCGGCUUGAUCGAAUCGUGCAGUAAGGGGAGGCGGUGGAGGGCGGUCAAUCCUAACAUCCCCAUCUGCCCCCUGAACCCCCCCCUCCCCUUUCAGGGGAACAUUACACCAAAUGAAGGCCCCAGUCCUGUCUCCCGAGUGAGAUCGGACGUGGCUGAAGCGAUUUCAAUUCUGGGAGGCUCCCGAGCUCCGAUAUUCCCCCCCCCCCCACACCGCUCUUUCCCACUGGCACAUCCGAGUCGUCCCAGGGCGGCGGGCCCCUCACGGUACUGGUCUGUGCCCCCCCCCCCCCCGCCCCCCACUAGAUGUUUAUUGAAGUUGAGCCGAAAACGAACUGUGUUGCUCCCAUUGGCCUCAAAAGAUACGACGCCGUAAUGUGGCCCCCGGGGACCGAGAGGGGAAGUCGUACGGUGACUCGUUCACUGCGUGUGACGUCAGCGGCAUAGCACGGCUCGGCUUCUACAGUGGAAAAAAAAAACCUUGGCACCUCCUUUGUAAGCGGCGCUGGGGCUGGCACGGCACAGCCCUGGCGCGGCUCGGUUGUGCAGUGGGGGGGGGGGGGGUGUGAACGCUGUAUGUGCACUGUCUGAUUUAAUGUUUUGUGGUUGCACUAUCGCGGCCACUGCUUACGUCUCGAGAACGCGCCAGGAGAAGGAGGGGGCGGACUGCUCUUUAAAGAGUGGGAAGCGGAGAGGGGCGGCGAUGACCUCGUGACCUUCGUCUCGUGAGCUGUUCUCGCGAGUUGGCGUGAAGAGCCACCACCUUUUGACUAAUUGGGGAUACAACGUUUGUGGGGCUGGAGUUGAGUGGGGGGGGGGUGUCUAUAGGAGCCAGUGGCUCCACGUGUAUGUAUGUCUGUUUAAAACUAAACAUCAUCAUCUUGCAUGUGCGGAGAUGUUCAUCGAUUGUAAAUUUGCCGUGCCGUAUUUAUUCUCGAUGGCAGUCGAUAGUGGCAUUUGAUCGUCAUUAUUAUUGGCAUCGUCAGUGGCGGCAAUAAUAAUUGGGCAAAAUUCAUCGUGCAGUGCCACGCGUGCGCCCAUGUUGAAAUGCACGGUCUACUUUUAAAUUAUGCAAUAAAAUUCUCAUCGAUGAGGAGUCUUCAUAAUUGU